AUGUCUGCGUUGAACUUUCGACCGAGAUAUUGGGCUGGAAAGUUAACUGUUUUCUUUAAAAAAGAUGUUGAAGCGUACAUCUUUGAUUCAGCGGGAUUAAUUGGCCAACAACAACAGCAGCUUGGUAUAAACGAUCAAGAAAGACGAAUGCAAUUAUCUGAACAAGAUCCGGACACCGAAUCUUCAGCUUCAACACACCAACGAGAAAUUGCAACUACACCUAAAAAAUUAAAGCUCACAUUAAAAGAAGAACAAGCAGAAGGUUUAAUCGAAUAUUUAAAAGUGAAUUCCCCAACUUUGGCAAAUUUAAACGAUUUGAAAUCCCUAAUUGAACAACCAAAUAGCAAUUUAUCAAUCGAAAUUCUGAUACAUGCAUUAGAGGUAUUACCAGCAAAGUACAAUUCUCAAACAUACGAUACCGAUACAGCUAUCAUAUUUGAACUACACUCUCGUAUUCUCGUAACUCUAUUGCACGAUAUUCGAUGUCAGUUGGAUACGACAAGUAGAACUCUUUCAAAACAACUUCGUGAGAAAAUAUAUGAAAACUUGACCAAUUUUGAACAUUUUCAUCAUCUAAACACCAUUGCUGUUAGCGCUGGCGUUUGGCGAAAUUACAAUGUUGACUUUUAUUUGGCAAUUUCUCGUGAUAUUUUGCAUUGCAUUCCAGACAAUGAAUCAAUACAUACUUCCUGUAUUGCGGCUGAAUUCACGCAACUUAUGAAUUACGGGGAACUUUCACUACUCCCUUCGUCAACAUCUCGAAAAAAUUUAUUGGGUGAUUGGGAAAUUGAUGCCGAUGCAUUUAAUCAGCAAUAUAAAGUAUGCGAUUGGCAUUUAGAUUGGUGUCGAUUGUAUCAACCUUAUCGCCAAUUAUACGAAUGGAUAAGUAAUGUGCGCAAAGAAAGUGCAGAAAUAGAAAUGAUUAAAAAGUAUGCUGAAAUACAAUUAUUUAAUGAGCUUUGGUUAAAUGCGAAUAACGUCUGGGCGCAUGAUACGUCUUUUGCGGGGGACUCGUGUGAAUUUUUUAGUGCUGGAACCAAUAAUCAAGAUGAUCUUUUUGGAAGCAACCCGAUAUCUCAUCCUAAUUCACUUUGGUUCGGUAUUUUGGAUAUAGUGCAUAAAGUAUUAAUAGAAAAUGAAAUUCAACAUCCGGUCAAUUUUAUUCUUUGCUAUUAUCUGGCGCUACGAUCAUUGGAAAAUUCACCAAGCGAUUUCAUCCGUUUCAAAGCCCUUGAGAUUUUAUUAUUUUUCAAAUGCAAAUAUAGUGAUUGGACAACUGCUGUCGAUUCGGAUUUAAAAGUUUAUCGACAACUAAACUCAGAUUCAUUGGUGAUGUCUCAAUUUGACGAACUCGUAGAAGCCAUUCAAAACAAAUGUAAAUAUGAAUUAACAAUACGAGACCAAACUGAUCAACUUUCUGUAAAAAAAGCAGAAAACAAGUCGAAUUCAAAAAACCCCUUCAGAAUCAAAUUACCUACAAACAACAAACUAAGUCAUCAUCAAAUUCUAUCAAAGGAAAUCACGAAACAUUUAAUGUGUCCCGUGUCAAAAAAGUUGACGAACGAAUUCACUCUUUAUCCGUGUGGACACGUUCUUGGUUCUGACUCCGUCGAGAAACCGGAUAAUCUUUUUUCGAAUAUAACUUGUUUUAAAUGUUCAACAAAAAUAAAAUAUAAAGAUUUAAGAACCAUAUCUGUCGCUGCUAUUAUAGAAGGUAUAGAAGAUCGACUCACUGAUACGGCGAAUUCAAAGUUAACGGAAAACACAUCUAUUAUUAAUAACAAUAGUAAUGAUAGUAGGAGAAGUAGUACAAUGAGAAACUCGAGUCUUUUUCGAGUACCUCGAAAGCUGUGCAGUGAACAACGUAAAGCAAAUGAAGCUUUAAUGCGACGAAAAUGGGAUUUAGCAAUCGUUCAUCUAAACAUAGUCUUAGAAGAUUAUUCAACCAGUUAUUCAACACGUUGCCUACGAGCAAAAACACUAUUACGAACACAUGAUUACGCAAGUGCAUUCGAAGAUUUAAACAUUGCAAUAAAGCAAAGUCCACGUCGAUUAGAAGCAUUUCGUAUUCGGGGAUACGCUUGGGGUUUAUUGAGACAUUGGGAUGAAUCAAUGAUCGAUCUACACAAAGCAUUAGAAAUUGAAAAAGAUAAUUCGGAUACACUUGGUGUUCGAGGUGCGAUAUAUGGAAUGAUGGGGAAAUACGAGGAAGCAUUGAAUGACUUAACAUUAUCUUUGAAAAAGGAACCGGAUAACGCAUUCUCAUUAAGAUAUCGUGGUUGGAUUAAUUUUAAUCUGAGAAACUACGAUCAAGCUUUGGAAGAUUUACAGAAAAGCUUGACUAGGGAACCUAAUAAUGCAUUUGCAAUUCGGCAUCGUGGAAUGGUAUAUCAUAUUCUGAGACAAUAUUCUAACGCAUUGUCAGAUUUCAAUAAGGCGAUACAAUUUAAUGAGGAGGAUUUUGUUAUCAUGCAACUUCGAGGCGACACAUAUAUGAAUCUGGGGUAUUUCAAUGAAGCGUUAGAUAAUUUAAAUAAAGUACUCGAUGAAAACUCUUCAAACAGCUUCGCAUUACAUACCCGCGGUACUGUUCUUCGUCUUCUACGUCGACACGAUGAAGCAUUACUCGAUCUUCACAAAGCAGUAAUGCUAGACCCACUAAAUGGGGUUGCACUUCGUCGUCGCGCCAGAUGUUACCAAGAGCUCGAAUACUAUAACGAAGCAUUUGUCGAUUUUGAGAGCGCGUUAAGCUCUGACCCUACAGAUAUUUACGCAUUGAAAGAGCGAAGUGAACUUUAUUGUCAGAUUGGUGAUUUUCAGAAAGCUAUUGAAGAUCUGAACGCGAUUGUCGAAUUGGAUCCGAAUAAUGUUGAUGGUUUCAAGCAACGUGGACUUUUGUACUUUCAAAUUGGAAUGCAGGAAGAAGCCAAGCGAGAUUGGGAACGUGUCAAGGAAUUCACUAAUGCCCUAAAAACAUUACUUAGAACGGCCUGA